AUGUUCCAUUCAUGGUUUCGGGCUUUUUCAGCCCGAAAAUACUGCCACGCACUUCGUCUACUGUCAAGAAAUGCUAGCACGAAGAGUUCUAUACCUAAUCAGAUCUCCAGAUUCUCAGAAAAUGGAAAUGGGGUUUUCUUGAAUGCUACAAAACAUGCAUACUUAUGCACGAUACCCGAGCAUGAAGUCCAGAAUGAUUUGUUAGGUCCUGUUGUUUUGUCACCAUCAAAGGACUCCAACAAAGAAACAAAAGAAAUCCAAGAAAUCGCUGAUCACUCUGAUUGUGAUGAGCCGAAAGAAAAACUGAUAUCUUCAAAAACAAUUGAUUUCACCAAAAUUUCUAUUGAGAAGCUUCCGACCGUCAUUAUCAUAGGGCGUCCAAAUGUCGGAAAAUCGGCAUUGUUUAACCGUUUGAUUCGGAGGAGGGAGGCUCUUGUUUACAACACCCCUACUGACCAUGUCACACGUGACAUACGGGAUGGUGUUGCUAAAGUGGGUGAUUUGCGGUUUCGUGUUCUGGAUUCAGCUGGACUGGAGGCAGAGGCAUCUUCAGGUUCUGUUCUUGGGAGAACUGCUGCCAUGACAGAAGAUGUGAUGUCAAGGGCUCACUUUAUUCUCUUUCUCAUUGAUGCAAGAGAUGGACUGCAACCCAUGGAUUUGGAUGUUGGAAAGUGGUUGAGAAAGCAUGCAGCGGGUAUCAAGACUGUUGUCGUAAUGAAUAAAUCAGAGCUGCUUGAUGACAUUAAUGGUACUCUAGCUUCUGCUGCUGCUGAGGCUUAUACAUUAGGGUUCGGUGAUCCCAUUUCUCUGUCUGCUGAAACUGGAUUUGGGAUGACGGAGUUGUAUGCAGCUCUGAGGCCAUACCUGGAAGACUUUGUACUCAAGUUCAUAGAUGAUGAGGAUGUGUUGGGCAACGGCUCCUCUGAGGAAGAGGACACCGACUCAAAGCUUCCAUUGCAAUUGGCAAUUGUAGGGAGGCCAAAUGUAGGGAAGUCUACUUUGCUAAAUGCCUUACUACAAGAGAAUCGAGUUUUAGUUGGACCUGAAGCUGGCUUGACGAGAGAUUCCAUCCGAGUUCAAUUUCAGUAUGAAGGGAGAAACGUCUAUCUCGUCGACACUGCAGGCUGGUUGGAGAGAACAAAGCAGGACAAGGGUCCAUCAUCGUUGAGCAUUGUGCAGACGAGGAAGCAUCUCAUGAGGGCUCACGUGGUUGCUUUGGUUCUUGAUGCUGAAGAGAUUGCAAAAGGUAGACGGAGCAUGAAUCAUGCUGAAGUAGUCAUUGCCAGGCGGGCUAUCGAGGAAGGGCGGGGUUUGGUGGUUGUGGUUAACAAGAUGGAUCUUUUGAGAGGGAAAAAGAAUGCAAAAAUGUACGAAAGUGUUAUCAAUGCCGUGCCUGAAGAAAUUCAGACUCUGAUACCACAGGUGACUGGUAUACCUGUGGUAUUUGUUUCUGCAAUAGAAGGUAAAGGCCGGUUGUCCAUGAUGCGCCAAGUAAUCGAUACAUAUGAGAAAUGGUGCCGCAGGCUGUCGACAGCUCGUCUCAACCGAUGGCUUCGCAAGGUUAUGAGCAGGCAUUCCUGGAAAGAUCAGUCAGCCCAGCCGAAGGUAAAGUACUUCACUCAGGUGAAGGCCCGGCCCCCCACGUUUGUGGCGUUUGUGAGCGGGAAGGCCCGGCUCUCAGAAACGGACCUGAGGUUCCUUACAAAGUCACUCAAGGAGGAUUUCGACUUGGGAGGGAUUCCAGUGCGGAUAAUGCAGCGUGUGGUGGUUAGGAACUCUGAGGGUAAAGACGUCACAGGCAGGAAGAGCACACGGCCGGGCAGGAAAGUGUGUGAACGAAUGGCGUCGGCCAAGAGAAGGAUUGCUGUCUCUUCGGAAAAUGUCCUUGCUGCAUGA